AUGAUCACCCUGAUUCUCGAUGGCCGCUAUGAAGUGUUUGUGCUGCUUGUUAUUGCACUUGUGGUAUCACUGUCUUUCCAUGAAUUUGGUCACGCGAUUGUGGCUAAAUGGCAGGGUGACGAUACAGCGGAGCGGGCUGGUCGUCUUACCUUGAACCCGAUUGCCCACCUUGAUCCGGUGGGUUUUCUCAUGGUUGUUUUCAUCGGUAUUGGUUACGCCAAGCCGGUGCCUACUGAUCCGCGUAAUUUCAAGUCUGCGAUAUCUGAUUUAUACGUUGCGGCAGCAGGACCGUUGAUGAAUCUGUUAACGGCGCUGAUCAGUUGGAACAUUUUCCUGUUGCUGAUCAAAGCAGGUUGGCAGAAUCCUGGCGGCGAAUUAUUUUUCACGCUGCUUGCGCAGAUCAAUCUGCUGUUGAUGCUGUUUAACCUGAUUCCUCUGGGUCCUCUGGAUGGGCACUAUAUCCUGCCGCAUUUCCUGCCGAAAAAUCUGGCCUACCAGUAUCGGGUCAUGAAUAUGCGUUAUGGCACCGCGAUUUUCCUGGGCUUGAUCGUGGCCAGUUUUAUGGGGUUGCCUCUGCUGGUAUAUCUGCAGAAAGCCUCUUUAUUCAUGCUCAACCUGAUCACCCUAGUGCCCAUAAACAACUACCUGUUCGCCACCAGUACCUGGUUCAUGGCAUGGGGUAUGCAGUCGGUGGUAUUUGCCUGGCUGGUCACCAUUGUGCUGCGCGAACCGGCCGAAUUGGUUGGCUGGGCGCAAACAGCGUUAUUGCUGCCCGGCAUGCUGUUUAUUCUGCUGGCCGGGGUGAUAGCUGAUCGCGUGGGGCCCGACCGUCAGGCACUUUUUGCACAACUGGCCGGAGCAGUGGUGCCCUGGAUUCUGAUCGCGGCAAUUUACGCAGGUUGGUUGAGUUUCCCUGUCAUGCUGGUUUACGCCGUGCUGAUGGGUCUGGUUCAGGCCUUUGUUACCCCAGCCAGAGACGGUUUGCUGAAUCAUGUGUCGGGCAACAAGGUGCAGCAUACGGUUUUGCUGACCAGCCUGUUCCAAUUCGGUUUCCAGAUUGUCGGCUAUGGGAUCGCUGCGUUUUCGGAUCUUCUUGGUGCUUCUGUGGUGUUGGCAAUGCAGAGCCUGUGUCUGCUGGCUGGCGUUGUGGCCUAUUGGCAAAUACGUCAAUCCGGCAUCGUUGAAACACAGCCCCGCACCACUGACUCUGUCCUGCAGAGUGUUCUCCAGGGUGCCAGAACCGUCGCCGGCUCACCCGUCAUGCGUACAGUGGUGAUACAGAAUGUCGCCAUGGCAAUGUUUUUCAUGGGCUGUUUUAUUGUCUGUUUUCCGCUUGCCGUGCGGGAAGUGUUUAACGGGUCCUCCACCAGUCUUGGGCUGCUCAAUGGCCUGAAUUCAGCAGGUCUUGCGUUGACCAUUCUGGUGAUGUUGAGAAUCGGCUAUGUGAAACGUGCGGGACGUGCUUUGUUGGUGGCCCAGGGGUUGGGGUCCAUGGUGCUGAUUCUCAGUGGUAGCGUCCAAAGUUUUACUGUGUUUAUUGUUCUGGUUUUCUGUUGGGGUUUAUGUGGUGGUGCUGCGAUGCCGAUGUCUCGAACCAUGAUGCAGGAGUUAGCGCCGCCGUCGCAGCGUGCCCGUGUUAUGAGUUUCUAUGCCUUUUCGUUUAUGGGCGCGGGUCCCAUUGGUACCUUGUUUGCCGGCUAUCUGUCUGAGCUUGUUGGUCCGCAGAUGGCGAUUCAGAUAUCCGGAGCGCUGAUGCUGACCGUUGUGGUACUUGUCGGCCUGACUUCACCAUUGUGGCGCGAAAAUUUUGAGCAAGGGCUGAUGGUGACUUCGGUCAAAGUGCUGACCACACACGCAGACCCGGUGACUGGUGUUCUGCAGGGCGUUGAUGAUGUGCUGGCACGUACGGGCAUUGCCGCGGCUGAUGUGCAGCUAGUACUGCAUGGCACCACGCUUGCGACAAACGCCUUGAUAGAGCGUCGUGGCGCAAAAACCGCAUUGCUGACCACUGCUGGACACCGUGAUGUGCUUGCCAUGGCCUUUGAAAACAGAUUUGAACAGUAUGAUGUGAACAUCGACCGGCCCGCCCCGCUGGUGCCCCGCCACUGGCGGGUAGGAGUUGCCGAGAGAGUGGCUGCUGAUGGUCAGACUCUGCUGGCUUUAGAUGAAAGCGGGCUCAUGUCUGAAGUGCAUGCGCUGGUAGAGCAGGGCGUUGAAUCCUUAGCUGUCGGCUUUCUGCACAGCUAUCGCCAACCUGCCCACGAGCUUCGUGUUGCACAGCUUGUUAAACAGAGUUUUCCGCAACUUUGGGUUUCGUUGUCCUGCGAGGUUUGUCCGGAAAUACGUGAGUACGAACGUAUGUCCACAACCACCGCAAAUGCUUAUGUGAAGCCGCUGAUGGCCGGUUACCUGGAGAGAUUGCGAGCCGUUCUGGUUGAACGUGGUUUCAACUGCAAGGUGCUUUUGAUGACCUCCGGUGGUGGCUUGACGACGCUGGAUGCGGCAACUCGAUUUCCGAUUCGUCUGGUUGAGUCCGGUCCAGCUGGCGGUGCGAUGCUGGCUGCAAGUGUGGCUAAAUCUCAUGAGGAAAGCAGCGUGGUUUCUUUUGAUAUGGGUGGCACCACCGCCAAGCUGUGUUUAAUUGAGAAGGGUGUGCCGCAACAUUCACGCGCUUUUGAAGUCGACCGCAGUUAUCGAUUUAAAAAAGGCAGCGGCCUGCCAGUCAGAAUUCCGGUUGUGGAGAUGGUUGAAAUUGGUGCUGGCGGCGGGUCCAUCGCCAGUCUGGACAGUUUGAAACGGAUUCACGUCGGCCCUCAGAGUGCGGGUUCUGAGCCCGGGCCAAGCUGCUACGGGCGCGGUGGGACGUUGCCGACAGUCACCGAUGCAGAUCUGCUACUGGGUCGUCUGCUGCCGGAAAAUUUUGCUGGUGGCAGAGUGAACCUCUCGGUUGAGGCGGCGACCGAGGCACUUGAGCACCAUAUCGCGCAGCCGCUGUCACUGGAUGUAUUGUCUGCGGCGCUGGGGAUCAGCGAAAUUGUCGAUGAGAACAUGGCUGCUGCUACCCGUGCGCAUGCAGCAGAGUGGGGCAAACGUGUACAAGGCACCUGUCUGGUUGCGUUUGGUGGUGCUGCACCGCUACACGCGGCGCGCCUGGCCCAGAAGUUGAAAAUCCCGCGGGUGCUGAUUCCGCCCGGCGCGGGUGUGGGUAGCGCCAUCGGGUUUCUACUCGCCCCGGUGCGAUAUGAAUUAGUGCGUAGCGCUUACGCGCUGUUGGCAGAGCUCGACCAGGCAGAAGUCACGGGACUGUUUAAACAGAUGCGCGCCGAGGCUGCCGAAGUGCUCGAUGAUGCUGGCGCUACGGGUGAGCGAGAAGAGCGGCGGGAAGGUUAUAUGCGAUAUGUCGGGCAGGGUUACGAGAUUGCCGUAGAUGUCUCAGACCUGCAGGCGCUGUCUGUUGAUGAUAUCCGUAGUCGUUUCGAACGUACUUACGAGCACCUGUAUGGGCGCACUAUUCCGGAUCUGGCCAUAGAAGUGCUCAGCUGGACGUUAUCACUCUCCAGUGAACCGAUGACAAAAACCUUACAGGCGGCAGAUGCCCAGGCCAUGGAGCAGGCGGUGAGUGAUCAGGUUCAGUGGUGGUCAGGUGAUAGCGCGUUUACCGCAAAGGUCUUGCCGCGUGCAGAGCUGCAGGUGGGUCAGAGCUAUGCCGGUCCGCUUGUGAUCGCUGAGACUCAGACGACCACAAUUGUGCCAGCGAGCGCCCGGGUUUCUGUCUGCGCAGAACAGGCGCAGGUGUUAAUGCGUACCGCGUUCAGCACUGUUGUCCGUGAAGCGGGUGAUCUGUCCGCCGGUGUGUUCAACCCUGCUGGUGACAUGCUUGCACAAGCGGUGACGGGCACACCCGGGCAUGUUAAUUCGAUGGCGGCAGCAGUGGCUAAAUUUCUUGACAAAUUUCCUCUGGCCACCCUGCAACCGGGCGAUGUGCUGCUGACGAAUGAUCCCUGGGACGGUACCGGACACCUGAAUGACUUCACCGUGGUGACGCCGGUUUUUUCCGCACAGGGGUGUGUUGCUUUGUUUGCCUCGACCAGCCACAUCGCAGAUGUUGGCGGGCGCGGUUUUGGGCCUGACGCAAAUGAUGUUUUUGAAGAAGGUCUGCGUAUUCCUAUUUCGCAUCUUUUUCGCGCCGGUAUACGCAACGACGUGCUCAUGGACAUACUGCUGGCUAACGUUCGCGAUCCGCUGGUGGCGCAGGGUGAUCUGUAUUCCUUGACCGCGUGCAACGAUGCUGGUGCAGCGGCGCUGCUGGAUAUGAUGCAGGACUUGUCUUUGCCUGAUUUGGAUGAGUUGGGGGCUACCAUCAUCCAGCGUUCAGAUGACGCCAUGCGGGAGCAGAUUGCACGCUUGCCUCAGGGACGUUAUGCCUAUGCCAUGACCGUAGACGGCUACGACGAACCGGUUGAGAUCAAAGCCGAGAUGCAUAUUGACGGCAGACAGAUCACAGUGGAUUUUGCAGGUUCUUCCGGGGCCAGCCCUCGAGGGAUAAAUGUGCCCUUAGCCUACACCCAGGCUUAUGCUUCUUUUGGUGUUCGUUGCCUGGUGGGAAAUGAGAUACCUAAUAAUGCAGGAUCACUUGCGGCGAUACAUGUGCGAGCACCACAAGACACCUUGCUGAACGCACGCUCGCCCAGAGCGGUAUCUGCCCGCCACAGUAUUGGCCAGAUGUUGCCUGAUGUGGUGUUGGGGUGUCUUGCUCAGGUGUUACCGGAAUCCGUGCCAGCUGAGGGUGCUUCGUGUAUCUGGAAUCCAGUCUUCAUGCAUGCAUUAGGUGCUGCUGAUGAUCAGCAGUUUGUGAUCAACCCGAUCUUCAAUGGGGGUACCGGAGCGCGUCCACACAAAGAUGGCUUGUCCACUACAGCGUUUCCCUCUGGCGUACGGACUACCUCGACUGAAGUUAAUGAAGUGACCUCACCUUUACUGUUCUGGUGUAAAGAGUACACGCCCGGUUCGGGCGGAGAAGGCCGGUUCCGGGGUGGUCUGGGACAGACGAUCCGGGUCAGUCAUAGAUAUGCACAGCCGUUCGUGAUCUCCAAGAUGUUUGAUCGUAUUGUGCAUCCAGCGCGUGGUCGCGCACGCGGUUUGGAUGGUGGGCCAGGGGCGGUGACCGUCGAGCAUGCGGAUGGCACCUCACAGUCUCUGGCGGGAAAAGGCCGCGAGCAGGUGCCAGCACAGGCUACCCUGGUGCUGAAAACACCGGGUGGAGGUGGAUUCGGUCCAGUGGAAAAGCGCACGCGGCAAGCAGAGCAGGCGGAUCAACAGGACAAAUGGCUGUGCCAGGGUCCUGAGUCCGAUUUCCCUUGCAAACUGAGCGUGCUUUUGCGUCGAUUAAAUGUAUUUUUUCUGGUUCUCGCCAGCCUGCUGACUUCGUCUGCUGUGGUCGCGGUGACACCGCUUGAUCGCAGUGAUCUGCAAUCAGCCUGCGAAGCCUACGAAGAUGAUCCGGCAAGCCCAUCUGGCUUGCAUUGUGUGCUUUAUAUUCAAGGUUUUCUAGACGGCGCGGUGGCCACCGACGAGCGUGUCACCAUGAACAUCGCUGACGAACUGGACCGGUCCGAAACCCUGACUGAACGCGCUAUUCGUACGCGUCUUGGUGAUCGGGUCAGGGUCAGUGGACCCACCAUCUAUGCUGAGUAUUGCGUCGGUGAUCCGGUACCGGUGCAGGAAUUAAUCAGCCAUGUGCUGGAGCAACUCAGCGAUCCCGACGAGACAACACCCGCUCUGGCUCGAGACGUUGUUUACGCUCUGCAUCUGAGCUAUCGGCUCAUCCCUUUCUGGGGCUGGCUUGCUAUUGAGCUGGUGAAAUCGAAUCUUGAGGUGGCGCGCAUCGUUCUGUCGCCGAAAAUGCCUAUCACCCCGACGGUUGUGCAACUGACGGCGCAAACCAAGAAUCCGGUCCUGCAGGCGAUUUUGGGUAAUUCAAUUACAUUGACCCCGGGCACAGUCACGCUGGAUGAUCACGAAGGCGAAUUGUUGGUUCACUGCCUUACUCGGCAAGGUGCGGAUGCCCUGCUGGAAGGGGAUAUGAACCGGCGUGUUUCGACGAGCACUGAUAUGCAAUUAGGUCUCGAUAUUCUGAGUUGGGGUCUGCUUGCUGGUGGUGGCUUGUUUGUGCUCAUUGGGGGCAUAGGCAUCAUGCGUCUGCCAGAUCUCUAUACCCGCAUGCAUGCGGCCAGUCUGACGGACACUAUGGGUACAGUGAUGAUCCUGUUGGGCAUCAUGUUGCAGGCGGGUUUGUCCCUCGCGGCUGUAAAGCUUGCUGCCAUUGCCGUUUUCCUGUUGCUGACUGGACCCACUGCAACCUAUGCGUUGGCAAAUGCAGCGAUGCUCUCCGGACAUGCAGCCGUGACAGUUCUGUUCGGCAUAUUUCUGCUUACUUUGCUGGUCAUUUCGGCAAUCGGCAUAGUCCGUGCUGAAAACCUGUUCACCGCCGUCAUGCUGACGGGCAUUUUUUCGCUCCUGAUGGCGUCUAACUUCUUUGUGCUGGAUGCGGCCGAUGUCGCGUUAACCGAAGCAGCUGUAGGCGCGGGUGUGUCCACUGUAUUGUUGUUGGGUGCUUUGGCGCUGAUUCCCCCAAACGAAAAUCGUCCCAAGGGUGUGCGUUGGCUUGCACUUUCGGUUGUUACCCUCACUGCGCUUACCGUAGGGUAUGCUACUUUCGAGAAACCGCGCCUGGGAGAUCCAGAAGCGCCGGUGCACCAGCAUGUUGCGCCAUGGUAUCUGGAGCAGACACCUGUACUUAUUGACAUACCUAAUGUCGUCACCGCCGUGCUGGGUUCCUAUCGCGGCUAUGACACUUUAGGCGAAGUGAUUGUUGUGCUUACCGCAGGCAUAGGGGUUUUAUUCCUGCUUGGUCUGCCGGGGGCGUUUGGCGAUCGUAAGCCAGAAGAUGUUGCUGGUGGCCGUACUUAUCUCAGUCACCACCUUGUGCCACAGGUUGUCGGGCAACUGCUUAUACCUUUCAUUAUCCUGUUUGCGCUGUAUGUUCAAUUCCAUGGGGAAUACGGGCCUGGCGGCGGAUUUCAGGCAGGCGCAAUUUUUGCGGCUGCACUUAUUCUGUUUGCGCUAAUUCAGGGUGAGCGGGAAGCGCUUGUUCUAAUACCUCCUCGCGUUCUUGUUGUGUUGAUGGCGACGGGUGCGUUGCUUUAUGGCAGCGUUGGUUUGGUGACUAUGUUGUUAGGUCAGCAGUGGGGCAUUAUCCUCAUUGAGCUAGGUGUUGGCAUUUCGGCGGCGGUUUUUCUGCUGUACAUCACUAUGGAUAAAGUUGAUGGCGGCACAGUACUGAUUCUCACCGCAAUUGUUGUGGGUAUCUCUACCAUCGCAUUGGGCCUGGCUGUUGUUGUUCGCAUCUACGAGGCUUACGGCACCAUCGAAGACGAUGAAAUUCAACAGGCGAUUGUGGUGCCGAUGUUGUCAGCGCCAAUGAUCAUGUUGUUGCGUGGCGGGAGUUUAGCCUGGGCAACAGCAACUGCCGCAAGUGUGAUGGCGUUCUGUAUUGCUGUUGCGCUGACGCUUGGGGUUCGCGAUUUAGGCGUGCUGACUUAUGCAAUGGGUGGUUGGCCCGCGCCGUUUGGCAUUGAGCUGAGAAUUGAUGCUUUGAAUGCGCUUCUUUUGCUUGUGACAACGGGUGCAUCUAGUGUGGCCCUGCUCAGCGGUCGUGUGAGUUUAGCUCGUGACCUUCCUGAAGGUCAGCAGCCCCUGUUUUAUGCCGCCUGGAUGAUUGCGUUGACUGGUUUGUCAGGUAUCGCGGUUACCGGCGACGCAUUUAACGUCUUCGUUUUUAUGGAGAUUUCCUCCCUGGCAGGUUACAUCCUGGUAGCAGCCGGUCCUGAUAGACGGGCACUGACUGCAACCAUCAAGUAUCUGGUGAUGGGUACUAUUGGUGCCACCUUCUAUCUGAUUGGCGUUGGUCUUGUUUAUAUGAUGACCGGUACGCUCAACUUUGCCGAUAUGGAGGGGCGUCUGGUUGAAGUGGGUGAUCAGACCCCGAUACUGGUUGCUGCCGGUUUCAUCACCGUGGGGCUGGCGUUGAAGGCCGCAGUGUUCCCGCUACAUGUCUGGUUACCUAAUGCUUAUCAUCACGCACCACAUAUGGUCACCGCCUUUAUGGCGGCUUGUACCACGAAAGUGGCGUUAUAUGUAUUGUUGCGCUUCGAUUUUGUCGUUUUUCAAGGCAACCUGACCGGGCAUAUGACCCAAUAUGCGGGUUUUCUUGCACCGUUGGCCAUUCUUGGAAUUCUGGUCGGCUCAGCCGUAGCGGUGGUCGAAGGACACUUAAAGAGAUUGUUGGCCUAUUCCUCCGUCGCGCAGAUAGGCUACAUUCUGCUGGGUGCUAGUUUUGGCGACGUCCAAGGUCUGACCGCAGCAUUUACUCACAUGUUUAACCACGCGCUGGCCAAAGGCGGCUUGUUUCUGGUGCUGGCUGCUUUUGCACUUCAAACCAGUGGGCUGCGAAUGACGGAUAUUGCUGGGCUUGCCCGUCGCAUGCCACUGACUUCAGCGGCCUUGUUGAUUCUAGGCGCUAGUCUCGUUGGCAUUCCAGGCACUGCUGGUUUUGUCUCGAAAUGGCUAUUGCUGUCCGCAGCGUUCCAACAGGGUCCGCUGGGUAUUGCCGCGGUUGCGGUUGUUGUGCUGAGUUCACUGGCCGGUGUGGUCUACGUGUGGAAAAUUGUUGAGCAGCUUUAUUUUGGUGAGCCCCCGGAGACUUCUGCUGCGACAGCGUCCAAUGCCGGAGCAAUCCCGUUCAAGUCCGAAGCGCCUGCAAUGCUGCUGUUGGGAAUCUGGGUGGUUGCUCUGGCGAAUAUUUAUUUUGGUCUGUUUCCCGGAUUCACGGUCAGCUUGUCUGAAAGUGCCGCAAUGGGCGCCAUUCUGAUCAGUAUGACCGGGCGCUGGCCGAACCUUCGUGAAACCAUCACGCUAGUGACCGCCGUUUCCGUUGCCCUGGUGGUAGCCUCGCUGGUGCCUGAGGUGAUGGACGGUGGUCGUCCUGCCCUGAUGGUCGCCGAGUUGUUUGAUGGUUUACAGAUAGCCUUCACCGUAGAGCCGCUCGGCAUGUUGUUUGGCGCCCUUGCCGCAACCCUCUGGAUUGUUAAUUCGAUCUAUUCCAUUGGUUAUAUGCGCGGCAACAACGAGAAAAAGCAGACCCGUUUUUAUGUCUGUUUUGCCAUCGCGAUUGCCGCUGCCCUGGGUGUUGCGUUUGCCGGCAAUCUGCUGACCCUGUUUCUGUGUUAUGAAAUUCUGACGCUGUCGACUUAUCCACUUGUCUCGCACAAGGGUGAUAAGGCGACGGUUGCCUCAGCCAGGGUUUAUCUCGGCAUUCUGCUGGGCACCUCUAUCGGUUUAUUGCUGCCUGCAAUCAUCUGGACCUAUCUGGUUGCAGGCACCUUGACCUUCGCUCCGGAAGGUAUCCUUGCGGGCCACAUCAGUGGUCCUGCUGUGGGUCUGCUGCUGGCGCUGUUUGUUUUUGGCGUGGGUAAAGCCGCCGUCAUGCCCGUGCAUAAGUGGUUACCCGCAGCAAUGGUUGCGCCAACCCCGGUGAGUGCUUUGUUGCACGCAGUGGCGGUUGUGAAGGCGGGUGUAUUCACCAUCACCAAGGUGAUCAUUUAUGUCUUUGGGGUUGAUAAUCUGUUUUCAGAGCCUUCAAGUGGCUGGCUGAUGUACGCUGCGGCGUUCACCAUUCUUGCCGCCAGUGUGGUGGCGCUGCGUCAGACAAAUCUGAAACGUAUGCUGGCUUACUCCACGAUCGGUCAGUUGUCUUAUGUGAUUAUGGCGGCGGCGCUGUUGAAGCCGCUGUCAGAGAUUGGUGCAGCGGUGCAUAUUGUCGCGCACGCGUUUGGCAAGAUCACACUGUUCUUUGCCGCCGGCGCUAUCUACACCGCAGCGAAGAAGACAGAGCUCAGCCAGCUCAGCGGGAUCGGUGCACGCAUGCCCUGGACCAUGGCAGCCUUUACCAUUGGCGCUUUGUCGAUGAUUGGCGUGCCGCCCACAGGUGGGUUUGUUUCUAAAUGGUUCAUCCUUGCUGGUGCGUUCGAAAGUGAUAACUACGUGGCCAUAUUUACCAUCAUCGCCAGUACGGCAUUAAACGCUGCGUACUUUUUGCCCAUUAUUUUUGCCGCCUGGUUCGGGCGUGAGGCAGAAGGUGGUAAAGACCACGGCGAAGCGCCCUGGCCCAUGGUACUGGCGUUGUCUUUGACCGCUCUGGCGACGUUGGGCUUUUUCUUCUUUAAUCAGCCGGUUCUGGAUGACCACUGGCUGGUGCGGCCGGCGACCAUCCGCAAACUCUGGAUUGUCUUCAGCAUCGUGCUGGCGCUGACAGUUAUCAGCCAGUUUUUCAUCAAAAUUAAAGGCUAUUUCGGCAUCGAUGGCUGGUUUGGCUUUGGCGCUGUUUAUGGACUCCUGGCCUGUGUUUUGAUGGUGGUGACUAUUACGAUGAUUGAUAUGGUCAUUCCACCUGCAUUUGUGCUGCUCGCUGGUGCACUGUUGAUCGGCAUCACCCGGGGUUGGCUGCGUACGGCGGUAUUGCUGUUGGCGCCGCUGGCGACGCUCUGGGCGGUAUGGCAGGUGCCGGACGGUGUAGCAGUGACUUCCUAUUUCCUGGGUUAUGACAUUGAACCCGUCGAAGGCAGCGCCCUGCGUCGCCUGUUUGCCACCAUUUUUUCCGUCAUGGCUUUUGUUGGUGGCCUGUUUGCCUUCCGUCAGGCGCGUUGGUACGAACUGGCUGCUGCUUAUGCGUACGCGGCGGGUGCAGUGGGCGUAUGUUUUGCCGGAGAUCUGAUCACGCUGUUCCUGUACUGGGAACUGAUGGCGAUAUUCUCCACUGUUGUGGUUUGGGUGGGGGGCACGCCCCAGGCCAGAGCGGCGGGCAUUCGCUACGCCAUUAUGCACUUGUUAGGUGGUGUUAUUCUCAAGGUGGGCAUCGAAGGUAUUGUGGUGCAUACCGGUUCUGUCGAUAUCCAACCCAUGCUGGCGACCAAUUUUGAUACCUGGAUGGUGCUCAUUGGUAUUUUGAUCAAUGUGGCCGCGCCGCCGGUUUCAGCCUGGCUGGCAGAUGCUUAUCCUGCCUCGAGCCCAACAGGCUCAGUUUUCCUUUCCGCGUUUACCACCAAAUCCGCGGUGCUUGCACUGAUCCUCCUGUUUCCGGGUGAAUCCGUACUGAUCUGGAUUGGUCUGUAUAUGGUGUUUUACGGCAUCAUCUAUGCGCUGCUGGAGAACGAUGCGCGACGAAUCCUGGCCUAUUCAGUGGUCAACCAGGUUGGGUUUAUGGUGGUCGCUGUGGGCAUUGGCACCGAAAUGGCACUGAAUGGUGCAGCCGCCCAUGCGUUUGCACACAUCAUUUAUAAGGCGCUGUUGUUCAUGUCUGCCGGCGUGGUGUUAUACCGCACCGGCUUUUCCCGUUGUACCGAUCUUGGUGGCCUGUUUCGUACCAUGCCGUUUACCACCCUGUGCGGCAUUAUCGGCGCUUUAGCCAUCUCCAGCUUUCCGCUGACUUCAGGUUUUACCACCAAAACGUUGAUUUCCGUAGCUGCUGAACAGCAGGGUCUGGUGGUGGUCUAUAUGCUGCUUGCCGCUGCCUCAGCAGGUGUAUUUCUUCAUGCGGGAAUCAAAUUCCCGUGGUUUGUCUUUUUUCAGAAAGAUUCCGGUCUGCGACCGAAAGAUGCGCCCUGGAACAUGGCUCUGGCGAUGGGCAUAUUUGCCUUCCUGUGUAUUUUUCUGGGUGUUUAUCCUGAGCCGUUGUGGGCGCUAUUGCCUUAUCCCAUGGAAUACGAAGCUUAUACGCCGGGUAAGGUACUGUUUUAUCUGCAGCUGCUGCUGUUCUCCGGCCUGGCUUUUUUCCUGCUGUUACCCUGGAUGCAACGCACCCUCACCAUCUCCCUGGAUACAGACUGGUUAUGGCGUGUAUUGGGGCGGCGUAUCGCGCUUGCUGUGAUAGCCGCGGUGGCUGCGACAGGUGCUGGGCUAGGUCGGUACAACCGCACUUUGGAUUGUGGUGCUGCUGACAACCUACGUGGCACAAUAGCAGCCAUGCAAAGAUCCAUAGCAGAUUGGGGCGGCAACAUUGCUGCUUUUAUCGUCGUCCUGGUUGCCAAUACCCUCGCUAACGCGGUGCCCCUGGGUGGCCAGACGACCGGCGAGAUAUCCGACAAAUACCCCUCAUUGUUCACGCCAGCGGGUUAUGUCUUCUCCAUCUGGGGUCUGAUUUACCUGACGUUGUUGUUUUUUAUUGUCUGGCAGGCGUUGCCUGCACAGCGUGACAGCGUGUUGUUGAAAACACUGCGGGUUCCGUUCCAGGUCAGCUGUCUGUGCAACGCUGGGUGGAUUUUUGCCUGGCAUUACGAUCAGCUGUUUCUGUCCUUUGCAAUCAUGCUGGGGCUGCUGUGGAUGCUGGUCACCGUCUAUACACGGCUCAAUCUUGAUCGCGCCGCUCAUAACCUGGGUGAGCGCGUUUUCUUAUAUCUGCCGUUCAGCUUGUACACCGCCUGGAUCAGCGUUGCGGUCAUCGCCAAUGCCAGUGCGAUACAGAUUACCUAUGGUUGGAACGAGACAGUUUUCAGCCCGGUUGUCUGGACCGUGUUGAAGCUGGCGGCUGCCGGUACGGUGGCCGUUGGCGUCCUGUUUCGUUUCCGUGAUCCCGCAUGGAUGUUGGUGCUGGCCUGGGCGAGUAGGGCUCUGGAUGUGGCCUGUGGCGAAGGUCGGCACGCUUUGUGGCUGGCGGAGCAGGGCUGGCAGGUCACCGCUGUAGAUUUUUCUGCUGUAGGACUGGCCAAGGCCCGGCAAAUUGCUGAACAGCGUGGGCAGAAUGUGCGCUGGCUGCAACACGAUGUCACCCAGCGGAUGGAUGAUCUCGGAUUGUUUGACCUGGUGGCGGUGGUUUUUCUGCAUACAGACCCAUCCAGUCGGAACAUAUGGUUUGCCCAUGUCAGAAACUGUGUCGCCCCCGGUGGGAUGCUGGUUUACAUCGGGCACGAUCCGCGCAAUAUUGAUAGUGGUAGCGGUGGGCCUGAUCGGCCGGAAGUUCUGCCCGAUGCUAGUGAGGUCAUCACCAUGACACUCAAGGCAAGGAAUGAGCUGAAUUUGGCGUAUACCGCUUCGUCUGCUGAGUCGUUGCAACCCUUUGAGGCUGCGCUGACGUCUUAUCUUGGUGCGCGUCCAGACGUGAUGGCAAUCCUCGAUGGUUUGCAAAGUGCAGAUCCUGAUAUGUUCAUGGCCCGGGUGUUUCGCGGUUAUUUACUGAAACUCGCCGGGCAUCCGCAGUUCAGCGGCGCGCUCACAGACCUGGUGAAACAACUCGAAGACCAAGUUCGUGCCCAGGCGCUGACCUCGCGGGAACAGACGCACCUGCAGGUCCUGAAGUUCUGGAUCGAAGAUCAAAGCGCAGCAGCGUUGUCUCUGCUUGAACAACUGCUGUUGGAACAUCCGCUGGAUAUGCUGGCGCUGCGCAUAGCGCACUAUCUGCAUUUUUAUGACGGUAGCGGCGCAGCCAUGAGUGCAUCCACCGGGCGUGUGUUGGGUGCAUGGCCGCAGAAUCAUCCGCAUUAUCCCUUUUUGCAGGGUAUGCAUGCCUUUGGUCUGGAGGAGUCGGGUGACUAUGAACAGGCGUUGGCGCUAGGCCAGGAUGCGGUGCAGGCCAACAGUCAGGAUAUCUGGGCGACACAUGCCGUGGCUCAUGUGUAUGAAAUGCUGGGAGAGCAUGAGCAGGGUUUCAACUGGUUGACACAAACUGAACCGGGUUGGAAAGACACGAAUAAUUUUCGUUACCACGUUAUCUGGCACCAGGCGCUUUUCUGCCUUGGGCUUGGUGAACACGACCAGGCACUUUCUAUUUACGAUAACCAGCUGGCAGACAGUGUCGCAGAUGAUUUUUACCUGGAUAUCUGCAACAACGCUGCACUGCUGUGGCGACUGGAAUUCCUGGGUGUGGACGUAGGGGAACGCUGGCAGCCGCUGGUAGAUACCUGUGCCCGUCACUGCAACGACCGCGAAUUGCUGUUUGCUAAUCUGCAUUAUCUGAUUCCGCUGGCGGUCACCUGCGCACCAGCGCUUGAACCCGCGCUUGAAAACCUGUCCGACUGGGCACAAGGCUCUACGGACCAGGCCGUAUUAUGUCGUGAGGUAGGGGUUGCGUUGGCUCAGGCAGUGGCACAGGCACCGCAACAGCCGGAUGCUGCGUUGGAACCGCUGCUGGCGGUUAAAGAUGAAACUUAUCGCAUCGGUGGCAGUAAAGCACAGCGCGAUUUGUUCCGUCUGUUGGGUCGUCACGCUGCUGUACAGCCGCCGAAAAGCUACAGUCAUGUCUUCUUAGAAGACACGGACCGUCCUUUGGCGGAGAAAAUCAAUCCGAAUCUGCGUUAUGCAAUGUUUUCAACCAUUGCCACUGGCGGCAAGUCGCUGAUCAAAUCCUGCAAAGACUUACAUCUGUCCAGAGUGGUCUGUUACAAAACCCUGCGUCCCGAAUUUGCCAAGGAUGAAAUAGAACAGCGCAGACUGCUGCGAGAGGCACGGGUUUCUGCAAUGUUGCAGCAUCCGAAUACGGUGCCUACCUACGAGCUGGGACGCGAUCGCGCCGGUAACUAUUACUUCACCAUGAAACUGGUACACGGAUACACACUCCGGGAGAUUCUGGAUUUUCGCGAACGAUACGACUUAACUCAAUUGGUGGAUGUCAUCGUGCAGAUCUGCCAUGCGUUGGAAUAUGCGCAUACCCAUGGUGUUGUGCACCGAGACAUCAAGCCUGAGAACAUACUGGUUGGCCCCUAUGGUGAGGUGCUGUUGCUGGAUUGGGGUCUGGCCAAAGUCUGGAAUGCUGACGGAUCCACCAACACAGAAGCUACGCAGAUUGAUCUAGACCCUGCAGCUAACCCCUCGUUAACGUCCAGAGGUGCGUUACAGGGCACAGCGUCUUACAUGUCGCCGGAGCAGAUUCAGAGAGACCCGAAUAUUGAUGCGCGUACAGAUGUGUACAGCAUCGGCGCGGUGCUUUACGAAAUUCUUUGCGGUUCGACAACCUCCGGUCUUGAUCAGGUUGACAAGAUCGUCAACGCUACACUUUAUGACGAACCACCCAAACCCUCAACGGUGAGUGACAUACAUGUGCCUUCGCUGUUGGAGUAUGCCUGUAUGCAGUGCCUGCAGAAGAACCCUGAUAACCGUCUGGCCUCCAUUGCCGAAUUGCUGCGGUUAUUGCAGGAAGACUGGCAAACCGACCUGGUUGAGCAACUCAGUGAUGACCUCUGGGUGUUGCGUGGUUUUGGCGGCAACACGGCGGUGCUUAAAACCCGGGCAGGUACGGUGGUUGUGGAUACCAUGACCUUUGGCAUUCAAGGCGAUCAUAUCCGUGAAACAGCUCGUGAGCUGACAGGUAUGCCAACGGUGAUGGUUAUCAACACGCAUUACCACCUCGAUCAUACCCACGGGAAUCCUGCAUUCGAGCCAGGCACCCGGGUCCUGUCUACCGAACGCACGCUGAAGUAUUUACUCACGGUGGAUGCAGAUUUCUGGCAGGGUGGGGCUGCUGAACUGAUGCCCAACGAGACAUUUUCAGAUCGGCAGACAUUGUUUGUUGGCGAUAAAAAAAUUGAUCUGGUCCACCCUGGUCCAGGGCAUACCGAUGGUGACCUGGUGGUGAUCUUUGUGGAUGAAGGUGUGGCUCAUCUGGGUGAUCUUUUCUUUAAUGGGCACUAUCCGAAUAUUGACCUCGAGGCUGGGGGUACCGUGCAGAGUUGGCCGGAGACUCUGGAUAAGGUGCUGGCGUUGAACUUUGACCGGGCUAUUCCCGGCCAUGGUGCAACUACGGACCGAAAUGGCAUUCGCGAUUUUCAGCGCUUUCUGCAGCAGUUGGGUGAUAUUGGUAAACAGGCGGCUGCUGAAAACUGGACGUUGGAUCAGGUCAGGUCAACCCAGGCACUUACCGAGGAUGCCGGUUAUGAGCCCAUUGAGUUUAUUGUCUCCCUGGGUCUCGACCGCGGCUUUGUGCUGCAACGGGCCUGGGAAGAGACCACCGGGCAAUUUGUCAGGUCCAUCGCUAUCUGCAGCAGCUUCGUUCAUAGCAUCCGCUUCGAGCACCCGUGCACCGCGCAAGAUGCCGCCAAGGGCAUAGUUGCCUUCAUGGCAGGAGUCGGGCAGGUGAUCUGCGUCUAUGCGCACUACGCGGGCAUCGUGGUUCAUUUCGUUAAAAAUGAUGAUACAACGCUCGGCCAGUGGACGAUUCUCGGGAUUGUCGUAUGGUCCCACACCUUUUUCUAUCCACCAGGCAGUGCCGGUGUUUUCAUGAAAGUUGGCCCGCUGUGCCAUGGCUUUCUGCAUGCCCUGAGGAGACAGCUUCGGCAGACGACCGUUGGCAGGCUGAUUGAUGAUGGACGUUCGAUACAGGCCAUCCAGGAGGAAUUUACUGUCGCCGAUAUCUACAUAAAAUGCGUUGUAUCCACCGACGCCGCCUGCAGCACCGGAAAACUCCGGUAUGUAAAUUUCUGUGCCGCCUUCCGGGGGUGCUUCCCGGUCAGGGUCGCUUUUCUCAUCGUCUUUGGCCAGAUUGUCAGCCCAGUACUUUGCUGUCGCUUUUGCUUCUUCUUCGGUGACAAAGGCGCGGUCUCCGAAUUCUUCGGGGCGUUGCAGCGGGGUGAGCGUUGCGAUGUUGUAAGCUCGGAAUAUUUGCAAUUUGAACUAGGCUUAGCGAGGUUGUGGUUGGUAGCUGUAUGCCUUCUGGCAGGGCCACACCUGUACGCUGAUCUGGUGGCGGAGUACCGCCUUGAUGCGCAACAGUGGAAUGGUACGCCGGGCGAGGUGAUUGACAGCUCUGGAAACGGCUUCGCCGGACGCGCGCGUAACACCAGUCCGGUUACCGGUUUGCUGUGUAAUGCCGCCGACCUGAGCGAUGGUGGCACCGCAGAUUAUCUGGAUCUGGAUCAUCGUGCGCUGGACGGUUUGCGUGAUUUCACCCUCAUGCUCUGGUACCGCUCCACAAAUAGCGACCGUUCGCUGUUGCUGAGCGCCGCGAAUGCCCGUGAAGAAAAAGAACUGUACUGGAUGACCCGGCGCGGGGAUCGUUUCGAACCGCAACUUUUUGAUGACAGUGAUGGCCGUAUAGACAUAGAGGAUAUUGAUGAUGGCGCCUGGCAUCACCUGGCCUGGACGCGUAUAGGUUCACGCAACUGUUUUUAUGUUGACGGGCAGCAGCAGGACUGCAACCAGUUGCCACAAGGGGCGCUGAAUGUCGACUUUACUGGAUUCAUCGUCGGUCAGGAGCAGGAUGAUAUUGGCUACGACUUCCGUAACAACAGGGGUGUCGAGGGUCUUGUCGAUGAACUCUAUGUGUUCGACGAAGGUCUUUCUGGUGAGGCGAUCGAAAGUAUUCGUGCGAAUAACGUAGCGGGCAACAGCUGGAAUGGUGCGCCUCGUCGCUGUGCCCGGGUUGAGCCGAGAGCGGCCUACUUUUUUGAUGAACCGAGCUGGUCCGGUGUCGCAGAUGAAGUGCGCGACAGCAGUGGCAACGGUUACGAUGGUAUCGCCAUCAACAGCACAACGACGCAGGGCCUGCUUUGCCGAGCGGCUGACUUGUCUGCAACAGAUACGUCGGACUAUCUGAGUCUGGAUUUUCAAGCGCUUAACGGCGUGCGCGAUUUCUCGAUAGGUUUCUGGGCGCGUACCUCAAAUUCAGCCAACAAAGCGUUUGUUUCCGGUGCACGUUCCGGUCAGGCAAAUGAGCUGAUUUUCUGGUUUAGCAGCGCGACCCGUUUUCGCCCGCAUAUAGAAAAUAAUAAUCGAGACGUUGUGGUACCAAACGUCUGGGAUAAUACCUGGCACCACUGGAUGUGGGUGCGCAAUGGGGCGUCAAACUGCAUCUAUCUGGACGGCACCCUACGUGGCUGCGUCAACUUGAUCACAAACUCUAUCGAUCUGGAUCCGCGAGGUCUGGUGAUUGGCCAGGAGCAGGAUUCUGUAGGCGGCAGGUUUGUUGCUUCCCAGAGUGUGCGCGGGGAAAUGGAUGAGCUGCUGAUCUUUGACCAAGCGCUCACCGCGUCCCAAGUUGCUGACAUAGUGGUUAACAAUCGCGACGGUUUGAGUUGGGAUGGCAGUGUGCGUUCAUGUCCCACGGUGGGUGCCAAUAUACUUCAGGUUGUCCAUGACGGAAACGGUAUUUACUGUAGUAGCGAGCGGAUUGGGGUGCGUGCCAUCAACGCCUCUGGCGACGUCGUUAGUGGGUAUGCGACCACAGUCACGCUGGAUACAGGUAGCGGCAGAGGCAACUGGGCGUUGGCUACCGGGGCCGGUACCUUAGUGGACGCAGUCGCUGAUGAUGGUCUUGCCACCUACAGCUUCAGCCCUGCUGAUAGUGGCGAAGCCUGGUUCGCGUUGAGCUAUCCCGACGGCCCUGCGGUGCUCGAUAUUGACGUUUUCGAAUCUGCGGAUCCCAACGUCCGUGAUACAGAUGCCGAAGGCACACUGAUCUUCUCUCCCACGGGUUUCACCGUCACCGCAAACCCGCUGUCUAACCCACCGGUCAGUCCGGUGUCUGAUCCUCUGUUAAGACAAACCGCAGGCACCGACUUUGAUAUUCAUCUAACGGCUUUUGGCACCACUGAAGAUGAUCCUGUAUGUGGCGUGAUCGAAGACUAUGAAGGUGUGCAGGCUGUGCAGAUCUGGCAGGAUCUGGUGGAUCCGCUUGCAGGAUCCGUUCGGGCGCUUGUUAAUGCCAGCCCUGUGGGAGUAAAUGCAGCUUCACCUGUGGUGCAGAAUAUUCUGUUCAGCGCAGGUCAGGCGGUUGUGUCAGCGAAGUACAAAGAUGUCGGGCGGCUGCGCCUGAAUUUUCAAGCCGGCAGUCUGACUGGGGCAACGGAUAGUUUUGUCAGCCCACCUGCGGAUCUUUCCAUCAGGCGGAUUGAAUCAUCUGCUGGUAUCCCCAAUCCCAGAGCUGACAGUCUUGCUGGUGCAGGGUUUGUCGCUGCAGGUGAGCCUUUCCGGAUAACUGUGGCCGCACUGGACGCUGAAUCUGAUCCAACACCUAACUAUGGUAAUGAGCUGGCCAGCGAGGGUAUUCGGGUGUCCGCGGUUGACUUGUUGCUGCCCGCCGGGGGGCGUCUUGGUCCUGCAGACGACGGUGUGCUGAACAAUGGUGACAGUUUUUCCCCAGCGGCUCCGCUGGGUUACUUCCUCAACAGUGAUAUUGCCUUUGACGAGGUAGGCAGUAUCACGCUGCAGGCCGAGGUUGGCGAUGGCAGCUAUAUGGACACUGGCAACGUUGUGGGCGGGCUCGCAGGUCCAGUGGGACGCUUCUAUCCGCAUCAUUUUGAGCUGCUUAACGCAACAGUGGAUACCCAGUGUUCAGGGUUUGCUUAUAUGUCAGCGCCGUCCGUUUCACUCACCGCUGAGAUCUAUGCGCGAAAUCAAAGUGGGUUCACAGUUGAAAAUUAUGAUGCGGUGCUGUUCAGUAAUGGGCUUGCACCGGUAGGUUUUGUCGCUGAGUUUCAGGAUAACGGUAUUGACCUGGGAUCCCGUUUAACCAUUGCUACUGCGCAAUGGCAGUCUGGUAGAUAUAAUGUGUUAGACACUGGCGCUGCCUUUGAGCGUCUGGGUGUCGCUGACGGCCCGUAUGAGCUGAUGGCAGUAGGUGUUUCAGUUAACGACACGACUGACACGCGCCAGCUUAUGGGGUUGGACAUGAAUGCUCAGGCUUCAGGCUUUUGUGCGCUGGGUGCUACCUGUAAUGCGCAACGCAUUGGCACCCUCAGUGCAUAUUUUGGGCGUAUGGUGAUUUUACCCAGCCAGGGCCCGGAAGAUCAGGAUCUGGAUAUCCGGCUGCAGACACAGGCUUUUCAAAAUGGUGCGUUUACCGCGUGGGUGAAACAGCUGUGUUGGGGCCGCUUGGCGCAACGCCUCUGGUAG